AUGGGUUUUAAAAAGACACUGAAAGCUCUUGAAAUCCUUGAGAAGCCAGAAGCCAUCUUUAACCGGAGGCUUCAAAGUAACCCAUAUCAUCCAUUUAACAUGGUUGAACGAAAUAGUAAGUGGAAAUGUGAUUGUUCACGCUACUAGAAGUAUGAGUGUUAGAAUGUAAGUAGGCUUGAUUACAGCUGAAAAUUUCUUUCCGACAUUCCUGUUUAGGAUUGGUGGUUUAGUCAAAGCGUAAUGUAAAUAAUGUCAGUUCUUUUCAUUUUUUCUUGUCCGUGUCUUUUGUUUGUUUUGUUUUGUUUUGUUUUUGCCUGUAAAACAUUGAGAGUCGAUUUAUGCAAUAAAAAUUACUGGGUUGCGAUCUUUUUCGACGAGGACGUGCGCAGUUUUGGAAACUGACUCUCGCGUCCCUUUUUCCAAUCUUUAUUUACGCGAGUAUGCAACAGGUUUUUUUUUCGAUCAACGGUUGCUUUUCCUGGUUAUUGAAGAGAUCAUCACCAUUAUAGGAGCAACUUUCCUUCAGGAGUGAAAAGCAUUCCGGGAUACGUAAUGAUUUUGUUGAUGUAGAAAUCACCCGUUUUAUUUCAGAAAAAAAUUGUACUUCUCUCGACUCGAUUAUCAUAUCUACCUUACACACGCCAAAAUAUCAAAUUUUGCCGAGCCAAAUUGAGCCAGCCGCAACUGAUUCAAAGUUUUUUUGAUUAAUUUGCAGAGUUCGUUCUUGCUCUGAGUAGAAAACGAUUUUACAUUGGAACACUUACGGCUUUCGUUUCAACAGUUGCACUGAUUACGUGGGGAAUUGUGUUUGAGGCCAGCGUAAGUAUAUUUGAUAAACGAUUACAUUAAAACACAUGCUAAAGUAAAACAAAACAACUCAAACAAAAAUUACGGUCGUUAAAUAUUCUUGGACAAUAAGACUUUAGAUAACUUGCCUUCUCAUAAAUUCUCUGCCAGUUGAAUCUGAUUCGAUCCAAAGGUGAUCAACACUAGUGUGUCUUUCAUCGAUUUGAUACAUGCGCUUUCGCCAGCACGUGAUAAACACGGAUCAGAAUUUUUAGGUCAUUAACGAUUCUUGUGAUUUUUCUGCGCGCAAUCUCUACCUGAGUUUCUUGCGCAGAAGGGUGAUCAUUUGAUAAAUUUUACUCAAAGUUUUAGUUUACUGUCCGGAAGACGGGUUUUGAGAAUCGUUUAAAAAAUUCAUUUUGAAUGACUUUGUUUUGAUAGAACACCAGACUCUUAUGAAAAGACAACGAAUAAGUAUAAAGCCUUCAAAAGUCACAGUUAAUUAUUUAACCACGGCUUUGAUUAUUCACAAGAAUUAAUAAGAGUGGUGAAUUCUCAAUUGUGCUUGCAUAGAGAGGUGUUGAGAGCUGGUGUAAUUUACAUUUUACAUUGUCCCACUCUUUACCAGCAAUACAUGGUAUUUCUCAUCCUUGUGGGUGGUGUAUCAGCUAUCAUGGCGUGGGAGAACAGAGGACACCGCACAUGCGUGUUAGACGGAGAGCGUGCGCAGUACGUGUGUGUAAUUGGAGAACAUUCUGUGGAGAAUGGCAACUUCCAUAACGUUUACAUUAGACUUAAAGCGCAAAAGCACGGUAAGAGGCCGGGAAUAUUAAAGUUAAAUUAGUUUUGUUUCACGAUUCAUUUUAAUUGGUCCAGAAAACUCGUACAUCUGCCUCUCAAUCAAUCAGAUCCAGAACUAAAACUAAUAAUUUCUUGUUAAUUGUUCACUGGGAUUUUUCCCACGGUUAAACAAAUUUGCUUGUUUCACUUUGAUUUUUGAUUGGCUUCUCGUCAUGAUAUUCCACAACUUCCGUUUCUGGCUAGCGAUAAUCUUUUUAGCAGUACCCGGAUCAUCACAUGAAUUAAAAAAAAUUUAUUUUAUUAUUCAUAUUUAGUGGUGGUCCAGUUUUCUUGUUUUCCAUGAAACGUGUAUUCCCACACACUCGCUCCCAUUCUUUAUCGAGAACUACAAAACUUCCUGUGACGUUUCCCUUUCUAGUGCUUAGCUGUUACAGUUGGUCUCAGUUGUUCAACACUCGAUCAAAACGUGGUCUAACUUAGACAUCUCUACACUAGUUGUCGUCGUUCUCUGUCUGACGUGAGUGGGAUGAGUAUUGUGGACGAGAAAACGUGUGUGCCUCACGCGUCAACCUUGUCCAGUUAUUUUUCUUCCCUCAGUUUUGUAUUUACGCCGUCUUUGAACCAUCCUUCCAAACUUUUCCCCUAACUGAGACGCAAUUGCCGAUAGUCUUUUAUAGUCACACCCAUACUUGGGUUUUAUCCUGAUUAGGCAGUAAGGCAAUGUUGUUCUCGCUAUGCGCAGUCGCAAUCGUAAAACCAACCUGUCUAGUCACGCACUCGUUCUCUACAUUAAGUCACCUGCGUUGCGUGAUCCAUUCAAUUAAGACUAAACAGUUAUCAUUUCUCUCUCAGGGGCGGGUGAAAUGUAUUACUAUGUCGUAUUUAACGGAUUCCACCUGACGGAGCAAAAGAUCACAUCUUAUUCCAAAAACGAUAAGGCAAAUGAUUUAGUUAAAUUCUUAGAAUUUCUCUCAGUUGUAACUGUCAACCAAUCUUCUUUUUCGUACAUCGCUAAUUUAUUAUCUAACAUUGAAAUUCAGAUCAGCUUGAUAUCAUGUUAACGUAGAAAUAAACGGAAUGGGAGGUCAGGCUAUAUAUAACUAGACUUGAUAUAAAUCGUUUGUUUCCUGACAGAGCAUCAGUGAGAAACUACCUCAGCUGACAAUGGAAUUCAGUAUUGAUAAUUGCUACAUAUGUGAUAGCUCUUUUUUGAAUGAUGUUUGCAACACCAGUGCACGUAAAUUUUAUUGUCUUGAGCGUGUUACCAUACGACUGCUGUUUGCACUUCAGUUUCCUCACACUAGAUAGGAUUUUUUCCUUGAUACAAAAUAACAUAGACAUUUCCGAUGUUAGUUAUUUUCUGAGACUCCCAGUAAAACUCGUGGAUUUUACUGUUCAAGGUUUGCCACAAAUCAAGUGAAAACAACUUUCUUCCAUCGCCUAUUGCCUGCUUAAAUACUCAAGCGGUUAUAUAGAUCUGCGCAAUCUGAUUGGUGGAGGAUUUUGUUCUCUCAUGCAAUAAUUAUGUCGUGCGGGAUGAUUAUGAAAUCAAGGACUAAUAUUUUAAAUAGCCACUGCACAAUUUUUGAUGGCAUCAAAUUAGACAAUGACCAAGAAUGCACCAUUUGCUUUGAUAUUUAUCUGAGUGAUAAGAUUGAUUCAGGCUGAGAUAAUAUUGUCUUAAAUGGAAUAUUUACGACGAUGAGUUAAGACGCUGUCUUUUCUUCUUGUCUUAUUUUAAUAAACUUUUUUUUUUAGAAGCUGCGUGUGUUGGCAAAGAGGCUGGCGGAAAAUCUUAAUCUUAACUACUUUGAUGUCAAAGCCAGUUCAAGAGACCGUAUCUUUUUG